CUCGCUGGAUAAGGUUCUCUUCGCUGUAGCCGCGACAGAGCCAGGGGAAAGCCCUCAUCUCCGUCCUAUCCUCUACCCUUCUCCUGGACAUGGGCACAAGGUGGAGGAGCAUGCCUCUGUGGACUCUAGCGGUGCUGGUGGCCGUGUGCCUGGGGAUGAGCCGGGGACUUUGUCCCGAGAGAGAGCUGGAGAAGCGGGAGGAGGAGGCGAACAUCGUGCUGACCGGGACGGUGGAGGAGAUCCUCAAUGUGGACCCGGUACAGCACACCUACUCGUGCAAGAUUCGGGUUUGGCGAUAUUUAAAAGGACGUGACAUCGUGACAAAUGAGAUACUGCUGGAUGGAGGCAACAAGGUGAUGGUUGGAGGUUUUGGAGAUCCCAGCAUCUGCGAUAACCAAGUGGCUACAGGCGAUACACGGAUAUUCUUUGUAAAUCCCGCCCCCCGCCACAUGUGGCCCUCCCAUCGCAAUGAGCUCAUGUUAAACUCUAGCCUGAUGAGGAUAACCCUGCGAAAUCUAGAAGAGGUGGAGUCUUGUGUUGAAGAUAAACCAGGAAGCCAUUUUCCAAGUCCUCAGCCUACCUUACAGGAUGCAUGCCGAGGAAUGCUGUGUGGCUUUGGCGCUGCUUGUGAGAAGAGCAGCACAGACCCAUCUCAAGCAACCUGUGUUUGCAAGAAAACUGCCUGCCCAUCUGUGGUGGCACCAGUCUGCGGAUCCGACUACUCCACCUACAGUAAUGAGUGUGAACUUGAACGUGCCCAGUGUAACCAGCAGCGGAGAAUUAAAGUAAUCAGUAAAGGGCCUUGUGGUUCCCGAGAUCCUUGCUCAUCUGUGUCCUGCAGUUAUGGAAGCACCUGUGUGCGCUCAACAGAUGGACAAACUGCAAAAUGUGUCUGCCCAACCACCUGUGCUGGAAUACCCGAGAAUAUUGUGUGUGGUAGUGAUGGCAAAGAUUAUCGAAAUGAAUGCGCCCUCAACAAGCAAGCCUGCGAUAAUCAGGAGAACCUCUACAAAAAAUUUGAGGGCCCAUGCGACCCGUGCAAGGGAGCCCUAAAUGAUUUGAACAGAGUAUGCAGAGUGAACCCACGCACUCGGAAGUUGGACAUGCUUUCCCGACCUGAGAAUUGCCCAUCCCGCAGGGAACCAGUAUGUGCUGACGAUGGGGUGACCUAUGAUAACGAGUGUGUAAUGACCAGGACUGGAGCCAUGAAAGGGAUAGAACUGGUGAAGGUGCGCUCAGGGCAGUGCCAGGCUCAGGACAAAUGCAAGGAUGAAUGUAAGCACAAUGCUGUGUGCCUUAACCGUCGAGGGAUCACCCGCUGUUCUUGUGACCGCAUCACUUGUGACGGCGCCUACAAGCCUGUCUGCGCCCGGGACAGCCGAACAUAUGCCAACGACUGUGAGAGGCAAAGAGCUGAGUGCAUCCAGAAAACAGCUAUCCCAAUGAAACACAAGGGUCCAUGCGAUCUUCAUGCUCCCAGCCCCUGCCUGAACGUGUUGUGCAGCUUUGCAGCAGCCUGCGUGGUGAAAAACAAAAUGCCUGUAUGCGAAUGCCAGCAAGUGUGCCAGAGCAUCUACGACCCCGUCUGUGGCAGUGACUCGCGCACAUAUGGCAAUCCUUGCGAGUUGGAGGCCACUGCUUGUGCACUGAAAAAGCAGAUCACAAUUAAGCACAAGGGGCCCUGCGAUCGCUGCCGGAAGUGUCAGUUUGGAGCCAUUUGCGAAGCAGAGACUGGCCGCUGCGUGUGCCCAACAGAAUGUGUACCCUCGGCUCAACCUGUGUGCGGGACUGACGGCAAUACUUAUGGAAGUGAAUGUGAGCUCAAUGUGCGGACCUGCACUCAACAAGUUAACCUACAGGUGGCAGCGCAAGGAGACUGCAAAACCUGUGGAAACACCAUCUGCGGCUUUGGUGCCAAGUGCGUAAACAACAAGUGCGUGUGUCAGCCUUGUGAGCGCCAGCCUUACCUACCAGUGUGUGGUAGUGAUGGAGUCACUUAUGACAACCAGUGUGAGCUGCAAGCUGCAUCCUGCAAGCAGAAGAAGAAAAUAGAUGUGGCUCGGGCAGGGUCCUGUGAAGACGCUGAAUGUGGUUCGGCUAUGGCUGGGUCUGGGUCUGGAGAAGACAGUGAGUGUGAACAAGAUCGUUGUAGACGCUACGGAGGCUCAUGGGAUGAGGAUGCAGAGGAUGAUCGCUGUGUCUGCGAUUUCACCUGCCAUGCUGUGCUGAGGAAUCCGGUGUGUGGUUCUGAUGGUACUACCUAUUCCAAUGAGUGUGAACUUAAGAAAACUCGCUGUGAGAGACGCCAAGACCUCUUCGUGGCAGCGCAAGGUCCCUGCCGAGGACCAUUAUUCUCUCCUCCUGUGGUCCCACAUUGCAGUCAUGCGGUGUAUGGAUGUUGUCCCGACAAUGUCACUGCUGCCCUUGGCGUGGGUCUGGCUGGAUGCCCAAGCAGCUGCCAAUGUAACCAACAUGGCUCCUACGGGGGUUCUUGCGAUCCCACCACUGGCCAGUGUUCUUGUAAACCUGGAGUAGGGGGAUUGAAGUGUGACCGAUGUGAGCCUGGUUUUUGGAACUUCCGGGGUAUCGUAACUGACAAGAAGAGCGGCUGUACCCCAUGCAAUUGUGAUCCAGUUGGAGCUGUGCGUGAUGACUGUGAGCAGAUGACAGGCCUUUGCUCCUGUAAGACGGGUAUUUCUGGUUUGAAAUGCAGCCAGUGCCCGGAUGGACAAAAGCCUGGCUUGAACGGCUGUGAGCAGGAUCCAUCAGCUCCCAAAUCCUGUAAUGAUAUCCAGUGCCAGUUUGGGGCAACAUGUGUGGUGGUUGGAGGCAUUGCCCAUUGCGAGUGCCCAUCACCUCUGUGUGCAGAAUCUAACCUUACCAAGGUUUGUGGCUCUGAUGGAGUGACCUAUGGAGACUGGUGUCAGCUGAAAACCAUUGCUUGCAGGCAGGGUCGUACCAUCACUGUGAAGCACACUGGGCCCUGUCAAGAAACAAUCACGAUAGCUAAUCUUCAGACACUGCCUCCUACUGGAACCCCUGGCCCACCGAUCGGACGAUCACUCCCUACACCAAUAAACCCAAAGACUCAAACUCCCAAAAAAAAACCUGAUUCUUUCCCAUUAGUUAUGGAGACUGAAAGGACCCGACAGCGUUACACAAGCACUGCCGUGCCAGUUACUCAGACAUAUGCAGUCCGCACAUCAACAGCAAGGCCAGGUGUUACCGUUCCUACUAUGAGGCCUGCUACAACGCGGAUAUAUGAUGAAUCAGGAAGUGGCAGCGGUGAUGACGAUCUAGAAGCAAGUGGAGAUCAGGAAUUAAGUGGAACAGAACCAGGAACGGAUAGGUUUGAUGGAGGAGAUGAACAGCAGAAAGAAUAUGAGGAGACACUAGACUUUGAAGCCACACCUGUUAUGGAAAGAGCCAGCUGCUACAACACGCCUCUAGGAUGUUGCUCAGAUGGAAAGACCCCAGCCAGCGAUACUGAAGGCACAAACUGUCCAAGAACAAAAACGUUUGAAGGUGUCCUGAUCAUAGAGGAGCUGGAGGGUCAGGAGGUGUUUUAUACCCAAGAGAUGUCAGACUACAAGUCAGAGCUGUUUGGUGAGACAGCAAGAAGCAUUGAGAAUGCGCUGGAUAAUCUUCUCCGAAAUUCCGAUGUGAAGAGGGACUUCAGAAGCGUCCGUGUACGGGACUUGGGUCCUAGCAACUCCAUCAGAGCCAUAGUGGAAACGCAUUUCGAUCCAGCUUCCAGCCUGACUGCUAUUGAUGUGCAGAAAGCGUUGCUGGCAAGGCUCAAGAGCACCAAGAAGAAGGCAAUCACUAUAAAGACGCCAAUCCAGGACAACGUGAAGUUCUUGGACUUUGGUGAGAUCCCUGACUGGGUGCCUGUUAUGGUUACAACCACUACAACAACUGCAGCAACUACUAGUACCAUGGCAACUACCAGCACUGUAGCAGCCACUAUGCCCGUAUUUGCUACAACUACCAUGGCCACUACCCCACCUCCCAAGAGGACAACAGCUGUGCGACUUGUCCAGCACCCUGUUACCACAGUGAGGAUGACUACAAAACGACCAAUGACUACUACAAAGAGGCCAAUGACCACUACCGCUACUCUACCAAGGAGGAAACCAGCUCGUGUACCCACACCAGCCAGGAAGCCUCCAAGACCCUGUGACUCACAUCCAUGCAUGCAUGGUGGCACCUGUGAAGAUGAUGGCAAAGAGUUUACCUGCAGCUGUCCAGCUGGAAAGGGAGGAGCUGUCUGCGAGAAAGACAUUAAGUAUUUCAUCCCAGGAUUUGGGGGUAAGUCUUAUCUGGCAUUCAAGAUGAUGAAGGCAUAUCACACAGUACGCAUUGCCAUGGAGUUCCGCUCCUCUGAGCAAAACGGUCUUCUGUUGUACAAUGGCCAGAUCCGAGGAAAGGAUUUCAUCUCGCUAGCAGUGGUGAACGGCUUUGUGGAGCUUAAGUUUAACACUGGAUCUGGAACUGGAAUAAUCACCAGUAAAGUGCCGGUGGAGCCUGGCCGGUGGCACCAGCUUGUGGUAAUUAGGAACAGGCGCAGUGGUAUGUUGUCUGUGGAUGGAGAAACACACGUGAAUGGAGAAAGUCCACCAGGUACCGACGGCCUGAACUUAGACACUGACUUGUUCAUUGGAGGAGCUCCAGAAGACCAGAUGUCUGUGGUGACAGAACGGACCUCUGUGGCUGUGGGCCUGAAGGGUUGUAUUCGUCUGCUAGAUGUGAACAAUCAAGUGUACAACUUGCAGGAAGAAGGAGAAGAUGUCUUAUAUGGCAGUGGUGUGGGAGAGUGUGGAAACAACCCAUGCCAACCCAACCCUUGUCAUAAUGGAGCUGUGUGUCAAGUGAAAGAGUCAGAAAUGUUCCAUUGCCAGUGUCUCAAUGGCUACACAGGACCUACCUGUGCAGAUGAACGUAACCCUUGUGACCCCAACCCCUGCCAUGUUUCUGCAACAUGUUUAGUGCUACCCGAGGGUGGAGCCAAGUGCGAGUGCCCAAUGGGCAGAGAGGGGGAGUUCUGUGAAAAGGUCAUCGACCCGGAUUUUAAUCUGCCUUUCUUGCCCCUUUUCAACGGCUACUCUUUCCUGGAGCUGAAAGGUCUUCAGACAUUUGCCACAGACAUAACUGACAAGCUGACCGUGGAGGUGGUGUUCCUUACCAGCAGCCCCAAUGGACUUCUCUUCUACAAUGGGCAGAAAACUGAUGGCAAAGGAGACUUUGUGUCUCUUGCCCUGCACGAUGGACAUCUGGAAUACAGAUAUGAUCUAGGGAAAGGGGCAGCUGUCAUCAGGAGCAAGGAAAAGAUUCCCCUUAACACGUGGGUCAGUGUCACUGUGGAACGUAAUGGACGGAAGGGCCAGAUGCGUAUCAAUAACAAGGAACAGGUUACAGGAGAGUCACCGACCCCACACAAUGCAUUGAACCUGAAGGAGUCACUGUACGUUGGAGGAGCACUAGAUUUCAGCAAGCUAGCUCGAGCUGCUGCAAUAUCUACCAGCUUUGAAGGGUCAAUACAGAAGCUCACCAUCAAGGGCUUUCCGUUACUGAGAGAAGAAAAUAUUCUCAACGCCAUUGAAAUCUCCACAUUCCUUGGCCACCCAUGUACCCAGAAGCCAUACCCCUGCCAGAAUGGAGGACUGUGCAUCCCUAAGAAGGAGAGCUACGAGUGUGUGUGCCAGCGAGGCUUCUCUGGAGGGCAGUGUGAGAAAGCUACUAUUGAAAAGUCAGCUGGAAGCUCAGAAGCCGUGUCAUUUGAUGGAAAGACUUACCUAGAGUACCACAAAGUGACCAAAAAUGAGAAGGCGCUGCUGACCAAUGAAUUUGAGCUGAGCAUCAAGACUGAAGCCACUCAGGGUUUGAUCCUCUGGAGCGGAAAAGGCACGGAACGUUCAGAUUACAUUGCCCUUGCUGUGGUAGGGGGCUACGUUCAAAUGAUGUACGACCUUGGGUCGAAACCUGUCAUCCUCCGGUCUACGGUACCAGUUAACACCAACCAGUGGAUUCGCAUCAAAGCUCUAAGAAAUAACAGAGACGGCAUCUUACAAGUCGGCAAUGAGGCGCCAGUCUUUGGUUCAUCUCCUUUUGGAUCAAAACAUCUAGAUACUGAUGGAGCCUUAUGGUUGGGUGGCGUAGAAAAGCUGAGUGUCUCCUACAAGCUCCCCAAAGCAUACAGCACUGGCAUCACUGGGUGCAUGAAGGAUGUUCUCAUUGACCGGAAGGAGCUACACCUUGUGGAAGAUGCAGUGAAUAGUCCCCCUAUAUUAUACUGCUCAGCCAAAUAAUCUGAGACCUACUUACCUUCCUCCUUUCUGGCCUACCCCCUUUCCCUCCUCUCCCCACCCAUUCACUGCUGUAAUUAUUUUCUAUUUUUGUAAACUUAUUGCUUUUUAUAUUUUGUGUGUGGGGGGAGGAAGGAGAAGGCAGUGUCUGUAUCUGUGUGAAUGCGUUCAAAUACUGCAACCAGACCAAAAUCCAAUGGGGUGGGCACAAGGGUUACAUAAUGGAGAGGUUAGACAAACAUGCAGGUAAUAGAUGAGAACUGGGUGAACUCACAAGGGCCUUAUUCAAGUCAAAUCAGGGAUUACUGGGGAAGAUAAAAUAUGUUUUAUAUCGAAGUGAUAAAUUACUUUAAUAAUUGGGUUAGCUGGAUCUCCGCUAACCUGUCAUGAUGGUUGCAGCAUUUUGCCUUUGGAGUGUAUGAGUGCAUGCGUUUUGAGAUGUGUGAUGUGAUGCUGCUUCAGCUGUACCCACUCAAAAGUGAGAGAUACCUUUGUCAUGAGUUGGAUGACGUCGCUACUGCUGGCUGCUUUGCAUUCCCAAGACAAGUUAUUAUCUUAAGGAAAGAAGAGGAAAUAAGGGGUCUCUGUGGUAAUAAUGUGGCCUUCUUGUUAGAAUCAUGUUUUGUUUUGCAAGAAAACCCCCUUGCCCCUGAGCAUCUCUAUACCUCUUCCAUAUCAUUCUGCCCCCAUAGGGGGUCUAUUAUACAAACAUCCAGUCAUACAUUCCUUUUUUUUUUAUGGGUUUGACUUAUAUAGGACAACUCCUGUUGUACUUGUAGUGGCCAAAUCUAGGGGGGGGGGGGGGAGGACAA